AUGCACUAUAAGUGGCACCAGAUUCAAAAUGCAUCCCGGGUGUUGGCGUGGGAAUGCAUAGUGUUCGCUUUGUUCGUGUGCGCGUCUUCUUGUCUGCCGUUGUGGCAGAGGAAGAGGGAUGCUGCAGCCGGGGGAGAUGCAAAGAGAGCGUAUAUUUUCGCUGGUGGAGGGGUUUCAACUUUGUCCAUGAUACUUUCUGUAUCAAGAGGAACAUUGGGAGUGCGUUCGUUUUUGGGUUUUCCCUCUGAAUUAGUGUAUUUUGGUUCAGCGAUGUGGGAAACUCUCUACGGUAUGGUCCUGGCUUUUCCUCUUGUUUGUUGGAUCUUCAUACCCGUAUACUAUAGACUCAGUACCAAUUCUGUCUACGAAUAUUUGCAGAUGCGUUUCGGUUCAAGAUGGGUUCGUCGUCUGGCCGCGGCUACGUUCCUACUUCGUCAGACUUUGAACCUUGCUAUCACAGUCUAUACUCCAAGUGUUGCUCUACACGCUGUUCUUGGUUUACCACAUUGGGCAUCAGCUGCUUCUCUAACUAUUGUUGCGAUAGUAUUUAAUUUGUUGGGUGGAUUGGCUGCAGCUAUCAGAGCAGACGUGAUCCAGACCCUUACGAUGGUGCUUGUGAGCGGUGCCUUUAUUAUUCAGGCGACAGUACAAGCUGGGGGACCAGCCAAGGUUAUAUCAGAUAAUGUUGAAGGAAGACGACUGGAAUUUAUGAAGUUUACAUGGGACCCAACAGUCAGAGUGGAUACUCUUUCUGCAUUAGUUGGUCAAAUGUUCAUGUCCGUAUCCAUAUACGGUUGUCAGCAGACCUUCGUCCAACGUUACUGCUCUAUGUCCAGUGAAAAAAGAGUCAAGAAGACACUUUUAGCUAAUGUACCAGCAGUAUUGGUUCUCUUCAGUCUGUCAUGGGUAGUGGGAAUGGCAUUAUAUGCAGUUUAUAAGUAUUGCGAUCCGCUUAUGUCAGGAAAAAUAAUAGCUAAAGAUGAAGUUCUACCAUUUUAUGUGCAAGAUCAAUUUAACUUUUUGCCUGGAAUGCUGGGACUGUUUUUGGGGAGCAUCUUUAAUGGAGCUUUAAGUUUCCUGGUAUCUAAUAUGAAUUCUCUGUCAACGGUGACUUGGGAAGACUUUGUAUCAGAGGCGCCAGCUUUCAAAGGAAUAAGUAACAAGCAACAAUUGACUGUUAUUAAAAUAAUUGGAAUUAUCUAUGCUUUAACAAUUAUGGCAUUAUCACUCUGCGUGGGUUUGGUCGGAGGUGUAAUAGAGGGAUCACUCUUAGUAACCUCCGCUACUUCUGGAGCAUUACUCGGAGUAUUUCUAUUAGCUGCUAUAUUUCCUGUUGCAAACGGAAAGGGGGCUUUAUGUGGUAUGAUUGGAUCCCACUUCAUCACAUCAUGGAUGGCCAUUGGAAGAAUUCUAUAUGUCAAUGAUAAAAAAUCUAUGCUACCGUUAUCUGUUGAGAAAUGUCCUAACAGCACAUUGAGCGUGUUAGCCCAUAAACCUCUUUUAGUCAGUCAAAACUCAACAAUCGCGAAAAUAGUACAUGUUUUAGAUAAACACGUUUAUAAUAAAGAAAAGGAUCAAUCGCCCAUUUUCACUGCUCUUAUGCGGAUGUAUUCAGUAUCAUAUAUGUGGUACGCUGUAAUAGGCACUAUUACGUGCAUAGUAUUAGGAGUUAUCAUUGGUUUGCUUACGGCCAGUGAAGGCGAUGCCUUUGAUGAGAAACUCCUACAUCCAUUGGUGGCAAAAAUUACUAGAAAAAUGCCAGGCAAAAAGAGAACCUUCACUAAUAUUAUAAAAGAGAAAGUAGUUGAGGUGCAGGAAGGUGAGAAAAUAGAGGAAACGACGGUGGAAGUAAAAUCAGUGUUAGCUUCUAAUGGCAGUAGAUUAUUCGAUGCUUAUGAAAAUAACUUGCAAUCAAGAACCAGACUUUGA